CCAGUCCAGAAGGAACGCCGAACAUGUGGCCCCGCUUAAACACCAACUCCCUCGUCGCCUUCCGCCGCUGACAGACUCGAGUUCCAUGUCGCCUCCCAGGGACCUCUUUGCCCAUGCGACUGACUGGAAGGCCUCUGCGGCGACAUGCGCCAAUGCCCGGAGGAGCACCCUUUCAGCUACUAUGCAUCCUCCUGCUCUUCAUAGGCUGCUGGACGACGCCCGGUCAUGGCAUGACCGAUGAAGCCAUCGCAGAACUGAGACAAGAGACACGCGACAUCUUCUACCAUGGUUACGACAACUACAUGGAACAUGCCUUCCCAGAAGACGAACUCCGACCGCUCACUUGCGCACCCCUUACUCGCGAUCGCCACAACCCCGCCCAUAUCGAAGUCAACGACGUUCUCGGAAACUACUCUUUGACAUUGAUAGACAGCUUGUCGACGCUCGCUAUCCUCGCUUCCACACCCGAGGACGACGCGACUGGGUCCAACAAACCAUUAGACGACUUCCAAGAGGGUGUUAAGUUGUUGGUAGAAAACUAUGGAGAUGGUUCGUCAGGACCUCGCGGUCGUGGGGCAAGAGCGAGAGGCUUCAACCUGGACAGCAAAGUGCAGGUCUUUGAAACUGUCAUCCGCGGCGUUGGUGGGCUGCUCAGUGCACAUCAAUUUGCAGUCGGCGAUUUGCCCAUCCGAGGUUACCAUGCCAGGACAGAGAGAAAGGGAGGUCGUGAAGGGAUAUUCUGGCUAAAUGGAUUCGUUUACGACGGACAACUUCUACGGCUUGCUGUAGACCUCACCAAUCGACUGCUGCCGGCCUUCAACACGCCAACUGGCCUGCCAUACCCUCGAGUCAACCUUCGAUACGGAGUACCCUUCUAUGCGAAAUCACCAAACAAUAUGGAUGCCGAGCAUGGCCAAUGCGGCAGGAACCCAAGCGAUAAAGGGACCGAAGUUACUGAGACGUGCAGCGCUGGCGCCGGGAGUCUAGUUCUCGAGUUCUCUGUUCUGAGUCGACUGACUGGCGAUCCAAAAUACGAAAGGCUGGCCAAGGACGCCUUCUGGGCUGUAUGGCACCGCAGAAGUAGCAUUGGGCUUAUUGGUGCCGGUAUCGACGCUGAGACAGGACAAUGGGUGAAUUCUUACACGGGAAUUGGAGCGGGUAUUGACAGCUUCUUUGAGUAUGCCCUCAAGUCGCAUAUUCUUCUUUCCGGACUUCCUUUCGACAAAGCGCACGAGGCUACUGAUUCUCCAGAAGCCUUCCUUGCCACUUGGCUAGACGCCCACGAUGGCAUUCGGAGACAGAUCUACCGUGGUGCGCAACAUCAGCAUCCUCAUUACGCCCAAGUCGAUCUGUACACUGGCGCCAUCAGGGCCUUUUGGGUCGACAGCCUGAGCGCAUUUUACCAAGGGCUCCUAACAAUGGCUGGUAAGCUUGAUGAGGCUAUCGAGACGCAUUUGCUCUACACUGCUCUUUGGACUCGCUAUUCCGCAAUGCCUGAGAGGUGGUCGACUGCGACUGGCAGCAUCGAGCAUGGCCUCCGUUGGUGGGGCGGUCGACCAGAGUGGAUUGAGUCGACUUGGUACCUCUAUCAGGCUACAAAAGACCCUUGGUAUCUCCACGUAGGAGAAAUGGCGUUGCGCGAUAUCAAAAGACGUUGCUGGACUAAGUGCGGGUGGGCGGGUUUGCAGGAUGUACGUACCGGGGAACUGAACGAUCGUAUGGAGAGCUUCUUCCUUGGUGAAACUGCGAAAUACCUCUUUCUGCUCUUCGACCCGUCGCACCCGCUCAACACUUGGGAUGCGCCUUUCGUGUUCACGACUGAAGGGCAUCCACUGAUUAUACCGAAGCGACUGCGUCUCACCCAAAAGAUACGGCCAGAUCCUGCUCUAGUCGUAGAGGUACCUCAAACAUGCCCUCUUCCGCCAGCUCAUCUACCAUUCAGUAUCUCUGCGACAGCCGCUCGGUCCGACGUUUGGCACGCUGCAAGCCUUGCCAGACUACAUCUGAUGCCGACCAUCGAGACGCUUGAGUCACCACUUGUCGAGUUCAGCGCCGACCAUCCCAGCAUUUCUUUAUCAGACAUACGUUCACCUUCAAACUAUACCUACUACCCAUGGACGUUGCCACCCGAGCUCGUUCCGCACAACGCCACCAGUUCAGUAUUGGCCGUGAGGACUACCUUCGACCUCUCCUUCCCCAACAUGCCAAGCACAUCGCUGGUAGGUGCGCUCCAAAGAGUACAAGAAGGUAUCUUGGUCAACUCCAUGAGCGGACUGAGACUAGGCAUGGUCCGUGAGCAAGACAAGCCACGUGCGGUACAACAGCAGCUGGAGCUAGAUGAGCAAUUCCGCAUUUAUGCCAUCUCCAACAUAGCUCUGGGCCGCGAUGAAAAGGUCUUCAUGUCUCGUUCGACCAUCGACAACUUCAAUCCGCUUGACCCGUUCUUCACAAGAACACGAGAUUCGCAUGCGCUAGACUUGGUCAUCGACGUGUCACCACAGCCAGCAUCCGCAGCCUCCAAGACGCUGUCAGACCUCCUCAGCGAUGCGCUUGGCGAAACGAGCAACCUUUCCGACAUGGACAUCGCCGACGUGAUCGAUCUAGAGGUCGACCCCGAAGCACUCGACAGCCAGCCCUCAUACCUCGCCACCUUUCUCUCGUCGCUCCAAGCCUUGCUCUCUGCCCCACUACCCACAUCCACAUCCGCAGCAUCUCAACCCCAAGAUCAUUCUCAGCAAACCUUGAAACGGCACUUCUUCCCCGCGGCGCUUCCCACCGGCCCCGGCGCAGCACCCAUGCCCGACACCAAAGACCCGGAAAUAACAUACAGUCCGGACAACCCGCUUACCUGGUCAAACAUCUACGUCCACCCCACUACUCUCUGCACAGACCGUCUUCCGCUCGAAGUCGCAAAGAAUCAUCAAGUCAUCGCAAUCCCUAGAGGGGAUUGCUCUUUUACGACUAAACUGCACAACAUCCCCGCUUACCCACCCGACGCUACUUCGCUCCAACUUGUCAUCAUCGUCAGUUUUCCCGAACACGAACCUGAGGAGAGGAAGUAUGCUGCCAAUGCCGAUGCCGAUGCCGAUGCUGCGAUGCAACAACCCCCUGUGCAGCCGCUGCUGGAUGAUAUACAGUAUACGCCUACGGGCAUGCUACGCCCCAACCCCAUUCCCAUGAUCAUGGUGGGAGGAGGCAAGGAGACAAUGGCGCUGUUGAAACGGGCGAAGGGAGUAGGCGUGAGGAGACGGUGGUAUUUUAAGAGCCAGGGGGUUAGGAUUGGGAAUUUGAUCGUGCUUUGAUAGGGCAGUAGAGCGCGUAGUAGAGGGGUGGUAGUUGAGAAGCCAGGACCUUUGUAAACAUAGCGAUACAGUAGAGACCGAAUGUGUACAUGUUGCGUUGUCCUGUCGCAUGUCUUUUCUGUUGGUACUUGACAUGCUUGUAAUUCUGCAUAGUCUAGCGCUUACGGAACGAGCUUAACCGAGAUGUAGACACACUCGCAACCUGGUUCUAGUCAGCAUAGCUCCAGACUUCCUUUC